GCGAGACACUUGUGGAGAUUAUACAGAAAUGAGAAAAAAAGUUAAGAAGUGUGAAGGGGCGCACAUAGGUCUGGUACACAUUGUGGAGGACGUGAGGUCGACCACGAGUGAGCUUGCAAAAGCUGUUGGCAGUUGGCUACCUCGAUAUAAAGCUGCUGCGCGCGUUGUAAACGACCUCUUCUGCAAAGUGGAGCGCGCUGAGGAGAAAUUCCAGCGCUUCAGUUGUGAUGAGGGUCUCGCACGGCGUAUCUCUCACAUUGCCGAGUCUAAAAUAGAAGGCUUGAAGGAGCAUGUGUCGUCCAAUGUAGUUAUGGAGAACAUUGGACAAGAUCUGCGAGAUCUUCAUGAGCGCGUCGAGAACAGUGACCGCAUCCACUGCCAAGUUAACUCACAAUGCAACCGAAUAUGCCAUUUGGAAACGUCGAGAGCACAAGCAAUGUUGUUUGGAGAGAUUGCAUCCCGUUUGGCGGUGCUGGAACGAACCAUUAAUCGUGUGCCUGGUCAGCCAGUUCCCGGAUUGUCCUUGAGGGUGGAGUACAUGAAUAGUGCCGCGGCCCGUAGACCAGGACUGGGAUCGUUAAGCCAAAGUCUCGAAGCACUGGAGGAGAAAAUGGAGAUUAUUACCGAGCACACCGGUGCUUUGGUUGGAGGCCACGAGUCAGCGAAUGACACUCGCCUGCUUGGAUUGGAGAGCCGCAUUGAGCACAUAGCAUCAGCAACAUUCUCCAAUCUACGGACAACACUCCCAACAGGCAGAGUUGUUACCACCUCAGGGCGUCUUUAAGCGAUGCGGAGAUGGGUUGUAAGUUGCAUGCGCAAGGAGCGUAGCUCUCUACAUUACAGGCAAUAACCAGGAGAUCUCCUCUAGAGAGAUGGCAUUACAGAUCGGGAAAAUACCGAAAUUCAGUGUUCCGUUUAGUGAUGCUGAAUGCUGUCCAUCGAUCAUCCGACAAGCUGGGGAAUGUGGUUGGUGUCCGAUCUUAAAACAACACCACCAUUGUACACAAACAGCAAUCGCUUAUCAAGUGUGACCUUCCUCGCCAUAGCUGAUGUUUCAACAAUUUUUUAAGUGCUUUGAGCGGAUAGAUACGACGCACACGUGUAUGAUCUGCAUAAAUGCUUCAAUCACCUACUCUACUCAAUUGUGCAUGCCUAAGAACUGAACGGAGAACCGUUGCGCUGAGAUCCCUCCCCACUAAAUAUGUUCACGGUCUCCCAGAGAUGUGCGUUUUGAGGACCAAAAUGGGCAACACAGAGUGUACACAAUAAUUGUAGCUCUAGAUCUAUUUUAUUUUGCUACUUGGAUUGCCAAGUCAACAAUCUUGCCAUGCUAGACCUGUUACGGCCAUGGGAGUGAUAACGAAGUCGACUAAAUGACAGUGGUCGGACUAAUACUCAUCGCAAGCUUCCAGCACACAGUUAGGGAAUCCUGCUACUCAAUACAAACACAUGCUGAUUCCCCACAUGGGCAUAGCCUUCAGUUGAGUUGCAAUGAUACUGUUUGGAGAGACACAAGAGUAAUUAGAAGUAAUGUGUGCUAAAAAAACACACACACAUAGAAGUAUAUUGAAGUGGUUAUCUCACAUAUACAAAGAAAAUGGAAGAUAAAUAGUUUCUUCCCACUACAUUCUAAACAUUGUAGCUUUAGUAUUAUAGAGAGUGUUGGCUACAUUUAAUGCUUUCAACACUCUUCCUUGUUUGUCAUAAUAUUUAUAUAACAUAAAAUUUACAUAGAA